AUGAGAAAAGCUGUUUAUGUAGUUGCUGAAAUUGAAGAAAAUAUAACAUUAUAUAUUAAUUUGAAACAUAUCGAACAACCAUAUUUUGCAUUAUCAUUAGCACAUACAUUAAGCCCAUAUUUACAUUUAUCAGAACUACAAUUACUAAAAAUUAAACAAAUAUCAAAAUUAUUAAAUUUAGUUAAUGUUAAUGAUGAAGAACAUAUGUUAUCUAUACUUAAAUUACGAUAUAUACCAUCAUCAAAUCCAACAACAAAUGCAGAAUUUAAGAUAAAGAAAAAAAUUUCUUAUAAUUAUGUCUUAUUGCUGCUUUAA